AUGCAGAUCAAACUGUUUCUCUUCUUGACGGCUACCGCCGUCGCAGCCAUGGAUCUCGAACCCAAAUUUGCCGCGCUUGCCUUCAGUUACCUGAACAUUAGCUUCGUCCCGGGCGCAAUUGAAAAGCUGCAGUCUCAUGGUCUGUGGAUCCCCAGUCCCGCGGCUCUCAACGGCCUCGAGCCAAUGUUCGGUGACGGCUUCAACGGCACCCUCGAGAACGAAAAGUUCCAAGACUCCGAUCUCGACAUCAACGAACUGAUCCUUCUCGGCGUCAAUCAUAACAACCUGCCCAUCCCCGGCAAAGAGAAUGGCCUUGCCAACGUUGAGGUCUGCAGCCCGUAA